UAUAUGCCCGAAAAAAACAAUAAAAUGGAUAAUCAGCUCACUAUAUUAGUUAAACAAAAAAGUAAUAACAAGCAAUAAAUUUUGUUAGAACUUAUUUAAACAUAGUUGAUGGUGGAGGAGUUUCCAUACUGUUCUUAUGUUAAAAGUUAACGUUACUCUACUUAAACUAGAAGUGCUAGAAGAGUCUUAUUAAAGAUGACGUGUGAUCCUGUUUGAUUUUCUUUGUGUAAGAAUUAAGGCCAAAUUAUAUUUAAAAUUGUACUACUUUAAACAAUCAAAAUAGACUCAAUGAAUAUUCCUGGUGUAUUGAUGAAUUUCAAUGGGGGACGCCUCUGAGUUUGUGUGAUUACACAAACUGUCUUUGUAAUCUUGUUUUUAAAGUCUGCUUGCAUAGAAAAUUUAAAAGAUUAAAUGGUUCAAUUUUGAAACAGAAAAAAAAAAUAGCCUUUAGAACUUUGAAAGUUCUAAAAAGUCAUUAAGUCGGGAGGACGGAUAGACAGACCACACACAUUUAAUAGCGGCUAUUCUGCUUCUCUGAGGACGCUAGUAGAAUUGUAUGUCAAAAUGCGUUGUUUAUUUUCCACUAUUGAAAUACUAAUUUUGGGAGCCUGGGUGGUGAAGUAGUACAUUAACAUAGUACUUGUUGGCUGCUAGUCUUGUGUACAUUUCACCAUAUAUUCUAUUUUUUACAUUGGAUCAUCAAAUGAUUUUAUAUAUGUAUCAUAAUACGCAUUAUUUUCUUUUUAUGGUCAAAGUAGAAAGCAUGUGCAUUUGUAAAAAAAAAGAUUUUGAUACAAAAGAAAAGGAAAUAGAAAGUUAGCUAGAUGACUAAUUGUUAAGUGAGCUACUUGAGUUUUGCUAAAUCCUACACGAUUGGUCAUAUCCUUUAGAUGUAGUGUUUUUCUUUUUAUUCAGUUUAUCAAAGUCAAACUUAAACAAUUAUUUCAAAUUCGUGGGUGUGGUUUGUGAUUGAGAAAGAAAUAGCUUUUUGAACUGUACAUUAUGGAUUUCAUUGAAUCUUAGUAUUUCAAAUUUAGGAUUUUCAAGACGUUCUUAGUUAGUAGUUUUCUUGGCCACAUGAUACCAAUUUUAAUCGCAAAGGUUACUAACAAGAUUCAUACAGGCAUCUCGAUUCUGGGCGAGUCUCUCCAUCUGUCCCAGGUCUUGCCCAUCUGCUUGGCAUCUGCUUUCCAGGACCGUCCCAUAUAUAAUUUAGUUAUACAAAAAUGUUAACCGACUUGAGUCAGAACUGCAUUGUACCUUGACUAGAAACAAAAAACAUGAAACACGCAGGGAUGCUGAUAUCAAAAGCGACUCUAACGAUUUUUCUAGAAAUUCAACAGUUGAUGUAAAAGAAUUUAUAACACAAUGGCCAUACGGGGAAAAACUCUAGUUGACCGUUAUAAUUUUUCAAGAUAAAAAGUGUGUACACAAGAAUCUCAAGAAAUGCAGAAGCUCUAUUAUUUUUCAAUAUUUGUUUUGUUGACAUUUGUUUCGUUUUAUGAUGUAUGUUCUAUAGUUACAGUGAGACUUUUACACUAUACUUCAAAUGAAGAUCAUUAUCAAUGCACAGAGAAUUUGCUUGUAAAUAGUAGCCUCCAAAUUUUGGGCGAAAUAGAAUUCUCCGAAAAAAAAUUGAAUGUAAUAAAUAGUCGAAUAUCUAUGCUUAUUGGUGAAAGCUUAGAAUCCUUAAGAUUUUUCCAUUACAGAAUGCUACAGCACUGUAUAGGACUAAAUAACUUAAUAACAUUCAGUUGCUCGGUUUCAAGUAAUAAAGCAGAGGUGUUGCUGAUUGUUAAGACAUCCAAGAUUUUAACUACAAAAUUUCUACAAUUGAAACUACAUCUGAACGUUAAUAAAGCACAGAAACCAUACUAUAGCCAGAUAACACAGCUACCCAAAAUAUUUGAUUUCUCAGACAUAAAGUUAAGUUGUAACAACAACAUACUUGGCGGUGACGUCAACACCAUGCAUCUACCCAGCAAUGAAAUGAGGAUCAGCAUUUGCUGUCAGGAAGCGCCAAAACCUUGCUAUGUAGUUUUAUCUUCUGCAGAAGUCUUCAUCAGCUCUCGAUACUGUGUGACGUAUUUGCGAAACUCAAAAGAGAAAGAAUUUUCUAUAGGCUACUCUGUUUGUGGUAAUGUACGUCUGAAUCAAUUUAAAUUAAUAUUUACAAAUGGUGAUAGCAAAUCAAGCUCACCAACAAAUUGUCAUCCAGGAAAACAAUUUAAUGAUGCAGAUAUACUUUUGAAUAAUAAAAAACUUGUCGUUGAUAUAAACACAUUUUAUCUACCUAGCAAUGAAAUUAAGCUUAAUGUUUGCUGUAUAGCAGCUCCGAGGCCUUGUAACUUGGUGUUAUCGUCUAAAGACAUCCUUAUAACCUCGAACAGCUGUGCAACAUAUCUGCGAAAUGCCAAAGAGGAUGUGUUUUUUAUCACCUAUUCUGUUUGUGGUAAUGUGCGCUUGAAUAUAUUUAAACUUGUUUUUAUAAGUCAGAGUAAGGCGAACAAUUCUGAAAGUAAAGAAUUUAGUCAAUCAAGCACAACAAUUAAAUACGAGGAGAUUUCAUCAUAUGUAUCAACACAAGUUGAAUAUAUUCAAACAGACAAUUAUGCAAAUGGUAAGAAUUCUUAUUAAUGAAAAUCCUUAAGCAAUCGGAAAUUUAAAAUUAUAUUUAAACUUCUAUACGUUUAAUUAGAGACUAGGGUUUGUUUCAAUCUUUGCAGUUUGAUAAAUAUAGCGAAUUCACAAGCAUUACAUAUUGACUCAGAAUCGUAAUAAAGGAUACCACUAUUGUGACAAUUGCAAAAAAAUGUUAAUCCGAUAAAUUUAUAUAUAUUUCAUCAAAUCACUAGAUCCAUAAUUAUUUUAAAAAAAAAGUUUGGUCUUUUUAUUUUUCACACUCUAAUUGUCAUUGACUUUAUCGAUGUCACUGGUAUUAAUGUUUUAUUAGUAAAAAUGUAGUAAUAUUGUGUAAAUGUUAUCAUUUUUUAGAUGAUUUCACCCUUUACAAAUAAAAGCACAAAUCUUUUACAGUAUACAUUAGUAAAAAAAAAAGCACAAUGUGUUACAAUAAAUAUAUCUACAUCCAUGUCUGUAUCUCUCUCUCUCUCUCUCUCUCUCUUUAUAUAUACAUAUAUAUUAUAGACUAAGCCAGGGGUCACAUGUGGCCUGCGAAACAAAUUUGUGUGGCCCGCGGCCACUUCCGCGAAUACAAAUAUAAUCCGUGAAAUGAUUUACAACUGCACAAAUCAGUAAAUGAGGUGUCCGCCCACUGCAAGCGAAGAUUCUGUGAAGGCAAGCUUUGUUGUUAGCGAGAUGAUAGCAAAGGCAUCACGACCAUUCACUGAAGGCCAGUUUGUAAAAGAGUGUUUGCUACAGGCGUGUGAAAUUAUCUGCCCUAAGAAAAAGAAACUCUUCGAAGGCAUAAGUUUGUCUGCGAACACAUUUGCAAGCAGGAUCACUGAGUCAGCGACAAAAGUUCAACAGCAACUGAUUGCCGCUGCAACAAACUUUGUAGCAUAUUCCAUUGUACUGGACGAGUCUACUGGUGUAACAGACACCGCAUACUGUGCUGUAUUCAUUCGUGGGGUCGACGAAAACUUGAACAUUGUUGAAGAGUUAUUGGACUUACUACCCAUGAAAGGAACGACGAAUGGACCCGACGUGUUUCAAGAACUGGAAGCUUGUAUUGACAGGUGUGUGGGCUACCGUGGGGAAAACUUAUUGCAGUGGCUACGGACGGUGCACCAGCAAUGUGUUCAGAGAAGGUUGGUGUUGUUGGAUAAAUGGUAGAGAAACGGUAUCAGCUCAGAUUGGUGGGACCUUUUACAGCCAUACACUGUAUUCUGCAUCAAGAAGCACUCUGUGGCAAAAGUUUACAAAUGAAGAAAAAGAUGGAUGUUGUCGUGAAGACGGUGAACGUCAUACCUGCACAGAGUCUCAACCACAGACAGUUUGUGUCAUUUCUAGAUUAUUUAGAAACUGAAUAGGUAGAGUUGCUGUAUCAUACGGAAGUCAGAUGGUUGAGAAGUGGAAAAGUGCUACAAAGAUUUUUUUAACUGAGACGGGAAAUAGCAUUGUUCAUGGCAAUGAGAGACAUACCUUAGCUCAGUGACCCAAUGUUUUGUCGGAUCUUGCUUUUCUUACUGACAUCAUGCAACAUCUCAAUGCACUCAAUUCACAUACAUGGCACACAUCAGAUGAUUACCGUGAUGUUUGACCUCAUCAAAUCAUUCAGAUGCAAGCUGACUUUGUAUGCCACUCAGCUGGCAGAUGGAAACCUGUCUCAUUUGCCUUUUCUACAGAGCAUUACGGAUGAACAACAGCGCCUGAAAGACUACGUAGACAUUCUCUCCGGAUUACCGCUUUCAGCAAUUCACUGCUCUCGAACCACAGUUUUUCCUUGUUGCAAC